AUGGUGUUCCACUUGCCGAGAUUCACGAAAUGCUGCUGUUGCAUACCCUUGAGGAUUGGAUCGUUAUUAAUCGGAUAUCUUUCGAUUAUAAUCUCUUGUGUAGCACUAGCUUCAAUUUCCUGGUUGAUCUACCGAGUGGCUUCGUUUGUGGAGAAUAAUAAGGAUAGCCCAAGCACGGAGCACACACAAGAAGAGUUGGAGCACCACGCGCUUUCUCUAUACCUAUCAUUUUCUUACUCUAUACUUGUCUUUAUCUACUAUUUAAUAAUAAGCAUUAUUUUGCUUUAUGGGGCUCACUUGAAAAAUCCCAAAUAUCUUCGAAUUUACUUUAAAGCUGCGUUAUAUUUACUAGUAUUGGCUGCUGCUAUGGUUGUAGUGUCGUGUGUGUUUUUGGGCUUCAUAGCAGCUAUACUGUUGCUAAUUUGGAGUUUUUUUUUGUUUAUCUGUACGAUUGUUGUGAAAAGUACAACAUUGGAAUUGGAGGAAGAGAACAAGCCAAAGACUUAUGAAAUGCAGAGUUUAUAUAUCACGGGAAGAAUACCAUCUGCCUACAGUUAAAAUGCACUUUUUACUUAAAUAAAUGAUUAUUAAUGCCCACUUAUGUAUAUUAUGUAAGUUAAGAUAAAUAAUGUUUUUUAUAAAUUGUGUCAUU